AAGCCCUUAAUGGUUCUUCUCCUAAGUUCCCAGGUCCUAACUCCUCUCGGUUGCAAAAAGCCGUAGAAGAUUACACUCUGAAAAAGCGCGAAGAAAAAGAUGGCGAUGCAAGCUGGCGUUUCAACUUCUAAAGCCCUAAUUCUCGUCGGGGCAGGUUUGACAGGCUCAGUUAUUUUAAGGAGUGGUCGGUUGUCUGAUGUGAUUGCACAGCUUCAGGAGGUAGUGAAGAAUGUGAAUGAAGUUGAAUUCGUACCUGGAAGAUAUGACGCUGUUCUUCUUGCAUCCCAGGUUCGGAAAUUGGCAGAAGAGAUCAGGGAGUUGACAUUAUCCAGGCCUGUUUCCAUUUUUAAUGGAAAUUCGGAUUCCAGCGGGGGUAUUGCAUCUUACUUGGUACCAGCUGCUGCAAUUGGUGCAAUGGGAUAUUGUUAUAUGUGGUGGAAGGGGUUGUCAUUUUCUGAUGUUAUGUAUGUCACAAAGCAAAAUAUGGCUAGUGCAGUUUCAAGUGUGUCAAAACAGUUAGAGCAAGUAUCUGGAGCAUUGGCUGCAACAAAGAGGCAUCUAUCUCAGAAGCUUGAGAUAUUGGAUGGGAAGGUAGAGGAGCAGAAGGAAAUGUCCAAACUUAUCAUGAAUGAGGUCACUGAAGUUACAUCUAGUCUUUCUCAAAUUGGAUGUGAUCUCGAUACAAUCUUCAAGAUGGUUGCUGGAAUGGAAGGGAAGCUGGAACUUCUUGAAAACAAACAGGAUGUCACCAACUCAGGUCUCUGGUAUCUAUGCCAAAUGGCUGAUAGCAGUAAAAAUGGUCUCACUCCUGCUGGGAUUCAGAAUAUUAGGGGAAAUCUCUUACCAAAUCGAUCCGUGAUGUCCAUUGAGGACAAAUCACCUAAGGGACUUCAGUUCUUUAGUGAAAUCGAUGACGUGCUGCAAGCAGAUAACUCCAAGAUCAACUCAAUUACACAGAACGACUCCAAAGACAUGCCCAUUAGAGCGGAUACAGUUUCAAAAACAAGAAUACACAGGACGUAUCCAAUGGGUAUCUCUUUGUCAAGGGGAAUGCUCGACCUAUGAGUACAUCAUCACUCUGGCUGUUUUGUUGGGCUUUCAUAUAUCCCCUUUAUACUUGUUCAGUAGACUAUAUUUCAUAGACAUGGCCAUCACCACCAAGUUGUGACUGGUUGAUGGAUUUGAAUAUCGAGUUGUUAUGUCCUUGAUUACCUUCCCCAUGAUUGAUUAUAUUGUUUGGAGAACCCCCUAAUGCUGCGGCCAUUUAAGGUGCAGUUGGCCUGGUUCUAGAUGUAUUUCUUUUGUGAAUGUCAAUUGGUAUUUCACCAUUAAAAUAGUGAUACUAAUUGUUCAAUAUUUUGAUAUAAUAAAGAUGAUACUUGUCAA